GAGGCUAGGAAAGCAUGUGGCCACUGGUUGGACUAGAGGGUAAAAACUGACCACCUGCUUGUGCUGAUUACUUGUGUGCGGCUGUCCCUUCAAAACUUACAAGAUGCUGAGAGUUGUGAUUCUGGCAUUGGCCGUCUGCCUGGCGUCUGCCAGUAUGGAGGCCAACUGGGUCAUCUUUAAAGCCAAACAUAACAAAACCUACACAGGGGACGAUGACGUCAUCAGACGGUACAUCUGGCAAUCAAACCUGAAGACAAUCGAAGAACACAACGAGUUGUACGCUAAAGGUCUCAAGAGUUAUUACCUCAAGGAGAACAAGUACACGGAUAUGAGUCACGAAGAAUUCAGAGCAACCAUGAACGGACUCCGUCUGAACAAAGCUUUGAACCCUGGCAACUACGUUAGCGGUCUGUUGAGGGACGUUCUGCCUUCAUCCGUCGACUGGAGGAAGAAAGGCUACGUCACUAGGGUCAAGGACCAGGGUGCCUGUGGAUCCUGCUGGGCAUUCUCAUCCACGGGGUCUCUUGAGGGUCAGCACUUUAAACAGACGGGCAAGUUGGUCGAACUGUCCGAGUCUAACUUGGUCGACUGUUCCAGAAAAUGGGGAAACCUGGGCUGUAGAGGUGGUUUGAUGGAUCUGGCCUUCCAAUACGUCAUCGACAACAAGGGCAUUGACACCGAGGCUAGCUAUCCUUACUUAGAUGAGGAUCGCCCUUGUAAUUUCAAAGCAGCGGACGUUGGUGCCACCGUCAAGUCUUUCAAGGACAUUGAAGCCGGAAGUGAGGAUUCUCUAAUGCAAGCUGUGGCCACGGUUGGACCAGUCAGCGUGGCUAUUGAUGCCAGCGACCCACAUUUCCAGAGCUACGGCGGUGGUGUGUACGACCGCGUUGGCUGCAGCACCACCGAGCUGGACCACGCCGUGUUGGCUGUAGGAUAUGGCACCCUGGCAGGCAAGGACUACUGGAUCGUCAAAAACAGUUGGGGCCCAAGCUGGGGAGAUGAAGGUUACAUCCUGAUGUCCAGAAACAAGAAGAACCAGUGUGGUAUCGCCACAGCGGCCAGCUACCCCGUCAUGUGAAGACCUUGGUCCAGCCCACCCAGAACUUUCUUAUGUCAAGUGUGAUCUUUAUAAACACAUUUCACAUUGGUUUAGCCUAUAACAUUUCUUUAAUGACAGUUUAUGUAGAACAUAAAUAAUUACAUUAAUAACAUAGUUUAAAAAAAUAAAAUAGACUUGUUAACAUU